GGUAAGACGGCAUACGAUACGACUAGACUGGCCAAGAUGCACCCAAGAAGCCCCCAAGAACUCGUGAAGCUACUAUUAUCAACCUAAUCCAGGCAGGUGAGGCUUUCCCCGGACCACAUGGUUAAGUCUUGGAAUCGGGGCAUGACGGAUUGGUUAGUUGCGCAAACCUACUUGCCAACAACGGCAUGCAUGGACCUCAGCAAGUUGAUGGGACAGAUUAGGGAAAAGGCCCACAGCGCAUAAAACGUGGAGGAACCACGUGCAAUGGUUAUCCCACGAAAACGAGACUCUGGAGGUGGGUGGGUGCUUUGCUACCACAGCGUUCUGGUCCCUCAUACCAGUGACUUAGGGCGCUCGGCUAACCUGUGGAGAUCCUGGGGUCGGUGUUUCUACGGUGUCGGAUCAACCCCCGCAGGCAAAGCAGUACGAGUGGUUGGAAAAUCAGCCUCUGGAGGAAACAAAACAACGAUUCCACGCAUCAUGGUAUCAUCAAAAACGCGGCCGGGAAACGGGCGCGACCGGGUGUUCAUGUCGGCGCAUCUUGAACAGACGCGCAGUUGCGUCAAGCAGCGCGCAAGGAAUCAAAGGCUUCGCUUCGUACGCUUCUAUGAUGCUUGGGCGUUGCGGCGUCGAGAAAAUACGCUCAUCACCGUCACCUCCAAGUGUAACCUCCGCGGCUUGAUUGCAUUCAACUCGCUGGUCAAGAAAGGCAUGGCAAGCCACCAAGGUCUUGGGCGGUGAUUGGGGCGAAACGCCAAGUCAGCGGAAGCGGGGGUGUUGUUGGUGUUGAGACCAGGAACGUAUUAUUGCAGUCGUAUGAGCAGAAGCUGAAGACGAAGAAUGUUCGAAGUUCGGCGCACGCGAUGAAAGAGCCAAGUAGAGCGAGAUUGAUCUCCGGUUUGGCAAGGCUUGGUAGUCAGAGAAGGG